UUAAGUGUUAGAAACCCAGCUGAAUUCACUUGUUGGUGAAAGAACAUUUUAAAGAUGCACAAGCAGGCCGUAGUGGUCAUUCUGCUUUGUCUUACUGUAUCUAUUUAUGCUGAAGAAUCCUGUCCAGAUGUGAAGCUUAUUGGUCUCAGUGGUUCAGAGAAGCUUGCUGUCCUUCAGGGAUGUCCUGGCAUUCCCGGUAUUCCUGGAACUGCUGGCAUUACUGGUGCUCCUGGUCUUCCUGGAGUUAAAGGUGAAAAGGGUGCCAAUGGGACUCCUGGGAAAGCAGGACCACCAGGUCAAAAAGGUGAAAAGGGCAAUGUUGGGAUUCCUGGACUACAAGGACCUUCAGGUGAAAAAGGAACAUGUGAUAUGAAUGAUAUUGACAGCAUUUUAUGCAGAAAUGGUGCCAAAGACUGUAAAGAGUUGAUGGAAAAAGGAAACCUACUGAGUGGGUGGUACACCAUUUACCCAGAAGACUGCAAGUCCAUGGAAGUUUUUUGUGACAUGGAUACAGAUGGUGGAGGAUGGCUGGUCUUCCAAAGACGCUAUGAUGGAUCUGUUGAUUUUUAUCGUGACUGGAACUCUUACAAAAAAGGGUUUGGUAACAAGCAAACAGAAUUCUGGUUGGGAAAUGACAACAUUUCCAAUUUAACCACAUCAAGUAAAGGAACAUUUGAAUUAAGGGUUGACCUUCAAGACUUUGACUAUAACAUAUACUUUGCAAAAUACAAGACAUUCAGGAUUACUGGAGAAGAUGACAAGUACAAACUUCAUCUGGGAAACUUUGUGGAAGGAAAUGCAGGAGAUUCACUGUCUUAUCAUUCUGGCAAGCAAUUUUCCACAAAGGAUGAUGCUAACGGUCCCAACAAAGGAUGUACUUCAGUUUAUAAAGGCGCAUGGUGGUAUGACAACUGUUAUAAGUCAAACCUCAAUGGGAAAUAUUACGGGGGGAAUAAUAAAGAGGACGGAGUCACAUGGACACAUGCAAAAGGCAAUUACUAUUCCUUCAAACUUACAGAAAUGAAAUUUCGAGCCAUCUAGGAAAUGCUCUUUACUCCUUUCAUUUUAUAAAUAGUGACUAAAAUGAUUCAAUCUAGAUUUGCCAGUUUAGCUGCUGUUAUAUUCUGCCCACCUCUCCAGUACAGAUGAAAGCAUAUAGAUAAUGAUUUUAGAAUGUUGUCUUACUUCAUUUGCAUGUUAUUCAUUGCUUUUCCUAUGGUGAUUAUAGUCUUGCUGUUCUACCAGAAUAAAUCAUUUAUUGUUCAUUAA